GCCGCAGCAGUUCGAGCAGCAAAAGCUAUCUCCGCCGCGGCCGCCUCAGAAUCAGUGCUCCGGCGGCGAGGAUAACCGGACGAUCUGGAUUGGAGAUCUCCAGUAGUGGAUGGACGAAGGGUAUCUCCAUUCUUGCUUCGCUCCCACGAUAUUUGUGGGCGGACUUGAUUCUGAUGUCACUGAUGAAGAACUAAGACAGUCCUUCACUCAGUUUGGCGAUGUGGUAUCCGUUAAAAUACCAACUGGAAAAGGGUGUGGUUUUGUACAAUUUGCUAUUAGGAGCGCGGCCGAGGAUGCAUUGGAGAAAUUAAAUGGUUCAUUUAUCGGGAAGCAGACGGUUCGUCUUUCAUGGGGUCGCACUCCAUUAAACAAGCAGCAAGGGAGAAGUGAGAACAAUGGCCAUUGGAAUGGAGCUUAUAAUGGAAGGCAGAGCCCGGCGGAUAUGGAUAUUAUAUGUCACAGAAUAAGGAUCAAGGCAUAUCUAGGGCUUUGCCGAUCUGAUCGCCGCCAUGGCGUCUCCGGCAACUGCCAUCCUCGAGCUAUGUCCUCCCAAUUUUUCUUUGAUUCUUUGGCCUCCGGGGGUUUGAAAUCCUCGUCGAGGUAUAAAGGAUUGCCUAGCGUUACCUUUUCUGAUAAUGAAGUCGCGUCCCUAUGCACCAAAUUCCGGCGAACUCUCGUUGGAAAAUUUCCAAAAGGUCAUCCCUCGUUAAGCUCCAUCCGUGCAUCCAUUGAAAGGAUUGGCUUGAGUAGCUCUCCUAAGGUAACUCUACUUGAUGACACACAUAUUUUGUUAUCUUUCUCUGAGGAAAAGGACUUUCUUCGUUGUCUAUUGCGUAAGAUCUGGAAAAUUUCUGGGUUUCAAGUGAAGGUCUUCAGAUGGACGAACGAUUUCGAUCCAAUUGUGGAUUCUCCACUCACCCCAGUUUGGAUUGGCUUUGCUGGCCUCCCAAUCCAUCUUUUCGAACCAAAUGCUUUGUUCUCCAUUGGUAAUUUAAUUGGUACUCCUCUAAAAAUGCACCACGCCACCUUGAUGUUGUCUCGCCCCUCUGUGGCACGUUUGUGCAUUGAAUUAGACUUGACAAAAGAACUGCCAAGAGCUGUUUGGAUUCACCUUGGAAGCCUAUCCUUUCUCCAACCUGUCACCUACGAAGACCUCCCUGACUUCUGCAAACGUUGUAAAACGUUUGGGCAUAUAACUUGCAAGAAGGCCGGAAAAGCCACUCGAUGGAUUAGAAGAGACUUGAGGUUGAAUCAGGAAGAGGAUAAGGGAGGGGACUUGGUCGUCCAAUUUGAACCUUCACUUCCUGAUUUAGUUGUCAACUCUUCUGUACCUUCUUCUUCAAUGGUUAACACCACUUCUGUCAACGUUCCUUUAAAUGGCUCUAGCUCUACUUAUGCAGACAGAAUCACACAGAAAGAUAUGUCGUUGAGAGCACACGAGACUCUCAAUGAGUCCUCGGAUGGCACUCAACAAUACAAGGAUUGCCCUGACCAUGUUACACUUGGAAAUGAUGACCUUAAUCCUGAUCCAAAAUUUAGCUCCCUGGCUGCUGAUUCUGCCAAUCAUAAUGAAAACAAAGAUGAUUUUGACUUCCAUGGUUCCCACAAGACUACCAGGGAACCUAAUACCCCCACUAGCCUUGCCCCUCUUGGAAAUGAUGAGCAGAAAUCUGAUCUUGUCACUACUUAUCCUAACAAAUACACCGAAGCUGUCCCUGUAUCCACUGCCCCUGGUACUCCUGUUCAGUUGAGUACUAAUAAUCUUGAUGUCCAGGUCUCUACUAUCCACGUCACUAGUGGAAAUGAAGUGCCAAUCUCAGGUUCCAAUGAAAUCUUAAAUGAUACCAAACCCAAGGCUAGCCUAGAGCCUAAGGUUUCUUCUUUUUCUGUUUUCAGGGAAGUUGAAGAGGAACGAGCCAAAGCUAGAGCUAAGGACGGAAUGACGAUCUUCGCCAAACUCCCCUUCAAAGAACAAAUCAUGCAACUCAAGCUCGCACACCAAAAAUUGAAUGCUAAGGAGCAAAACUUCACGCAGACUAGCACUGUAUCAAAGUGUAUACCUACUGGAUGCUCCUCGGCCCCAACAACUAACCAGUUCGACCCACUUGAGGAUAUCCCAGAUGAUGAUCCACUACUUGAGGAGCAUCUUGAAGAUGACUUCACCAUUGUACGCUCUAAAAAAGCUAACAAGAAAGAAGCCCCUGAUAUGACGAUUCAAACAAGAAGUGGAAGGGCGCCCCAUAUCAAAGAUGAAGGGGAGAAUGGGCCUGUUCUCACAUUCUCCAAUGAUGACAUUCAGCAAUUCUCCUCCAAAUACAAGUAUGGAGUCACUGGAAGAAUGGCAAAAGUUAUCCACAACAUUGAUAUUGCAGAGAGCCUCAAACGUGCAAAUUUUGGUGGCUUCAGGAUCAGCUCUCUUACUCGGUUCCAGGUGCUCAUCAAUUUUUCAGAUGAAGAAGAUUAUUACAGACUCCUUACUAGGCGGAGCUGGAAGGUUUUGGAUGGCAGGUUGUAUCUCUCCAAAUGGUCUCCUUCAUACUUGCAAUCUAAAGAAAGCCCUAUCUUCCCUAUUUGGGCUACUAUCAAGCAAAUUCCCAUACACCUUCAAGAUCCUAGAGCUCUUCUUCCCAUUACGAGGCUUAUUGGAAUACCUAUCAAAAUGGACGAGCGUAUAGUUCAGGCAGAAUAUUUGAACACUGCUAGGGUUCUGGUAGAGGUCGAUCUUUCUAAACAACUUCCUACCAAGAUUAAGGUUUGGACACUCUUGCUAUACUGGGAAAAUCCCCUCCAACGAGCCCACCUGAAAAAUCCUCACCGGUGGGAAUUUUCAGACCGGAGGAGUGGCUCGGACCACAAACCAAUCCUCCUUAAAGGUGCUAUAAACUCCUACAAAGGGCCCAAAAUGUUCAGAUUUCUCAACUGCUGGGUUUCUAAUGACACCUUCAUUCCUAUGGUUAAAUUGAAUUGGGAAACGUCUAGCAAUGUGAAUGGAAUGUCAGGCUUUGCUGAGAAACUCAAGAUCCUUAAAACAGCGAUUAAGGAGUGGAAUUUUUCAACGUUUGGAGAUAUCUUCGAAAAUGUUAAAAUGGCUGAAGAAGAGGCACUUGCUAGACAAAACUCCUUUGAUAAUAAUCCAACUGAAGACAACCGAGCUGCUGCAAACCUUGCAUCAGCCAAACUUCUAAAUGCCUGUAAAAGGGAGGCUAGUUACUGGUUCCAAAAGUCUAUCAUCAAAUGGAUGAAGGAAGGAGAAUCCAAUUCAAAGUUCUUUCACUCGGUGGUCAAGGGAAAGAGGGCUAAACUCAAGAUCACAGCUAUAAAAGAUGAGGAGGGAGUUAACCACAUAGAUAAUAACAAAAUCGCUACCCUAGCUGUUGAGCACUUCACCAAGCUUUUUGAAGAGAGUCCUUGCAAAGCUCCUGAGGAAACCCUGAGAUAUAUUCCAUGUACAGUAACGAGACUUAGCAUAGUUAUCAACAAAGUCAUUGGGCCUGAGCAAGCUGGAUUCCAGCAAGGGAAAUCUGUUGAUGGUCAGAUUCUCUUGGCUCAAGAGAUGGCUCACCAUCUUGAACGCAAGGUUGAAGGUGGCAACAUCAUAGUUAAGAUUGAUAUGGCUAAUGCUUUUGAUAGAAUGAGCUGGACAUUCUUGGAGGCUGUUUUGGAAAAAAUGGGUUUUGAUGAAGAUGUCUCAAACCUCCUCCUUUCUAAUCUCAAGGCAACUAAAAUGUCUAUCUUAUUCAAUGGGUCACCUAAAGGGUUCUUUAGCAUGAAAAGGGGUGUUAAACAAGGGAGGGAAAACCAAAACAUCACUGGAGUAGCUGGGACACCAUUUGCAGGCCGUCUCAAGAGGGUGGUCUGGGGAUUCGGGACCUCAAUGAUGUCCAAAAAGCACUAUCCCUCAAACUCCUUUGGAAAGUCAUGAAUGUAGACAACCUCUGGUCUUCAUACAUGAAGGCUAAACACAUCAACCACAGGGAUAUUAUCAAGGCCAACCUUCCAGACUCUGCCAACUGGAAAAGGAUCUGCAAGGCUCACACAUACUUGGCUGAGGAGGUCAGGGAUUCUUUUCUAAACUCUAGUUUCUGCAUGAAGGACACUUACAACCUGCUUAGGGACUCAUCUCCUAUCCUCUUCUCGACAAGAUACACAUGGAACAAGCUUCUACCAGGGAAGAUUCGUCUGUUCCAAUGGAAAAUAAUAAAUGGUUGCUUCCCCU